AUGUCAUCCAUUAACCUAUCCAACAUUUCAGAAGCUGAGACAUUGCAUCACGGCUCAGUAAAUGAUCACAUCAUGCCAAGAAUAGGCUACACCAUCUUGGCAAUUCUUAUGGCUUUGUCAUCCAGUGUUGGCAUCAUCUUGAAUGUGGUGGUAAUAAUUGUGACAGUGAGGUACAAACAACUGCGUCAGCCACUGAACUAUGCUCUGGUAAAUCUAGCAGUGGCUGAUCUUGGUUGCGCUGUGUUUGGGGGGCUAGUCACGGCAGUCACCAAUGCCAUGGGCUACUUCAGUCUUGGCAGGAUAGGAUGUGUUUUGGAAGGCUAUGCUGUUGCCUUCUUUGGUAUUGCUGGUUUGUGCUCAGUUGCAGUUAUUGCUGUUGACCGCUACAUGGUGGUAUGCAGACCACUGGGCGCAGUGAUGUUCCAAACCAAACAUGCCCUGGCAGGUGUAGUGUUUUCCUGGGUAUGGUCUUUCAUUUGGAACACACCACCACUGUUCGGAUGGGGCAGUUACCAACUGGAGGGUGUGAUGACCUCCUGCGCCCCCAACUGGUACAGCAGAGACCCAAUCAAUAUCUCAUACAUCCUGUGCUACUUCAUGCUUUGCUUUGCUUUGCCAUUUGCCACCAUUAUCUUCUCUUACACACGCCUCCUUUAUACUUUACGACAGGUGGCUAAGCUGCAAAUGGGAGAAAGUGGAAGCACGGCCAAGGCUGAGGUUCAAGUGGCCCGUAUGGUGGUCGUCAUGGUCCUGGCCUUUUUGCUUACAUGGUUGCCUUAUGCAGCUCUGGCCCUAACUGUGAUCUUUAACUCCAACAUCUACAUCAACCCAGUAAUUGCCACCAUACCCACAUACCUGACCAAGAGCAGCACUGUCUUCAACCCCAUCAUUUAUAUAUUUAUGAACAGACAGUUCAGGGACUAUGCUUUGCCAUUUCUCUUCUGUGGAAAAAACCCUUGGGCAUCAGAAGAAGUCUCAGAUGUCAAUACACUAACUACUACAGUCAGCAAAAGCAGCUCAGUAUCACCAUUAUAA